CUCCGUGGUCUUGAGAACACGCGUAUCCGGGAAUUCGUGCAAAUAUAAAUAUGGAAUUGGUUAGACAUAGUGUGGUAGGAAACGUUCAUUUAUUGAGCGAUUCUUGGAAACUGUGGUAUUGGAGAGUUGAUGUUCCCGCCGCCGCUCCGCCUGUCAACUUGUCAAUUUGGUUGAAAAAUUUGCACGGGCUGUGCGAGUUUGACAGCGUUGAAAAAUUUUGGAGGUAAGUGAAUUACAUAACCUAGCGUAUGAUAUUUACGCUGAAAUCAUCAAGGCCCUGAACAUAAUACGCUAAAAAGAAAUGAAUAGAUAAGUUCUUAUAUUAUUAUAUAUUUGUAUACAAUCAAAAUUUUAAAAAACUGCUAAACAUGGUACAAUAUACGACGGUGUAUUCAAAUUAAUGCAUUAAAAAUGUAAAUUAUUAUAGUUUCGUUAUUAGUAUUUAUAUCAGGACUGUAUUCAUGGUGAUUGGGUUGUAUACUGGAUAAUUAACUUACAUAAUUUAACGAUUUUGGAUUUUUUUUCAUUUUUAACCUACUUUUCUAUGACACUUGAAGAAUUUUGAACUUUGGAAAAUAGAUAUGUCAAACUUUUAGAAAUGUUAUAGAGAUUUUUUUUAUUAUUAAAACCACUUAUUUCAGCCUAUAAGUUAAAAUUUCUAUUUAUACCCCUCUAGCAAUUAUUUUUAGAUAGGUAGGUUGCUCUAUGAUCUAAAAGUAUUAAGACUGAAAAGCAGUAGGAAAAUCAGAUCACAUAUUUAUUCUCAAAUGGUUCUGCAGAAUGUGGGGUGAUUGUGAUUAGACAAGGACAUGAAUUUAAUAAAUAUUUAAUUGUCGGUAGGUACACUUAAAAAUAUUAUUGACAAAUUUAUGUUAAAUUAUCGGUUAAAAAUAAUCAAUUUUUGGAAAAAAAAUAUAAAUAGAUUCUUUGGUACAAAGUUAAUAAUGUAAUGGUUUUUUUUUUUUUUAGAUCAUAAGUGGAGCUAAAAUCUAUUGGUGUUACUAUGAUAUAUAUAUGUGGUUUUUUUUUCCUGCGUUUUAACAACUUUUCUACCAGAAAUCUUGCUCAAAUCAAAAACUAGAAAGAAACUUUUUUUGGAAUGAAUUUUUGCUCUAGUUGUUGCCUCAAAGAGAUCAUUUUGAUUUUUCAAGCGUUAAUAAUUUGGUUCACUCAGAUUAGUUUUUUGUUAUAAAUGGUUUAUUGUUGUGUAUAUAUUUAAAUUAAAUACUUUUUUGUAUCUUACCUUCCCAAUUUCCCAUUCAAAACAGUGUCACAUCCAUUUUCAGUAUCUGGUUUUUUUUUAUUAUAUACUUGUGUAACCAAUAAUAGAAAUAAUAAUAAUUUAUUAAAAAUAUGAUAAUUGAACUCUUUUUAUGAACUACCCAUUUACUAUUUAUAAUUAUAUAAAAAUUAUUCUCAUUUAAAAAUAAGUAUUUAAGUUUUUAACACCCUUUCAUAUGAACACAUUUUUUUUCUACAACCAUAUGGAAUUUCAAACUGCACUCUACUUCAUUUGGGCUCUAAUACGUACUGUUUAAGUGUAAUUUACUAUUCCUAUAUACUGGUAACGAGUAAGCUAGUUAGUUAAAAAAUCAUCUUUUAAUUGAGUGUGUUAGUAAAUUAGUUAACUUGUAAAAUUGAAACAUUUUAACUUUUUGACAAACUAGCACGGUAAAAAAAAUAUCAUGUAACUGGACAACUAGUUGUUUAUUUUAACCUAGUAGCUUGUAUUUCCCUAGAAAUGGGUUUGUAUUAACGACAAAUAAUAUUAAUUUAUAUAAUAACAUUAAGUUUUUAAUUAUUUAUUAUUUCUAUUUAUAUAUUACCAAACAAAUGCACAAUAAGUGAUUUUUACAGCAAAGUGAAACAGUGACGAUAUUUUUAAAUUUCUUGAAUUAUACGGACAAUUUCCAAUAUUAUGGUAUAUUAAAUCUAAAGAUUAUUUAUAUUGAAACUAGAAAAACACUAAUUUUGAAAAAUUUGGAAACAAUACAAGCAGUAGUGAACUUGUGAACAGUGAUAAAAACAAAUUAAAUUAAACUGCAGUACUUCACAAUGACCAAUCAUAAAGCUGCAUAUGGUACUAUAGCACUUGAUUUAUUAGUAUUUACCUACUAGUAUUUGAAUACCCAGUAUAUAAAAUAAGUAUUUUACUAUAUGUUAAUAAAAUAGUUGAUAAGUAUAAUGUUUCAUUGGUUGCUAGUAAACUAGUAUUUUGUAAAUUGCUAUUUUACUUUGUCUUGAAAGAUUAUAAUGACCGAUUGAAAUUUAACAUCUAGAACCAAUGCCUUUAUUGGAUCCUCUUAAAUACGUUCCUGUAUACUUUAAAUAAUAAUAAUAAUAAAAUAAUGUUUAAUAAUGUUUAAUUAAAAUGGUUAAUACUCGUAAAUAAAUAAAUAAAUAACAAAUUUAUGUAUACAAAUAAAAUAAAUAAAUGAAUCCAUGGGUGGCCUGGAGUAUUAUGAUAAGUGUAUUAUACGACUGGUUUCGAAUUAAAAAUUUAUCAUCAGGUAUAUCACAGUCAAAUUGUAAAACGCCACUGAGUAUAAAAAAUUAAAUUAAGGAAUACAAAGAAAAACAAAUUUACAAAUUGGUUAUUUUACAUAGAAUAUAGAAAUAAUUUAUUUUAAUAGGAGAGAUUAUUUAAAAUAAGUUAUUAUUAGGCAUAGAUAUGUUAAGAAAUUUAAAUUAUUUGGUUAUUAUUUAUAAUCUAAAAUGUAUUGAUAUAAGAUAUUAUUAAAAUUAUUUUUAUUUUAUUUUAUUGUGUAUUUGUAAUUCUUCUAAAAUUGAAUUAAUGUAAACGUUAUUUUGAGUAUGUAAUAGUUUUAAGUCUGUAUUAAUAUAAAAACUUAUAUUAUGGUUAUUUUCUAAAACAUGUUAAGCAAAAUUUGAAUUAGGGGCAGUCUUUUUUAAUUUUAUUGCAGAAAUGUGUUCUUUAUAUCUUAUUUUAAAAUGUCUAUGUCUUACAUAUAUACAAUUUAUUAAAGUUAAAUUUAAGUUUAUUUAUACCAGUAUUUUUAAAAGAAGGAAGAUUUUUUGUAAAGUGUUUUGCUCUAUUGAUUAUAUAUUUGAUUAAAUUAUUAUUAGUCUUAAAAGUGAUUAUUUUGGCAUUUCAUACUACAAUAGUUAACAACAUUAUUUAGUGAGGUGUGUAUUAUUUUUUCAUUAAUACAUUUAUGAACUUUUUUAAUAGUGUUUAAAUUGAAAUUCACUAAUUGACUCACUGAGUCUCGUUUUACAUUUUGACUGUGAUAUACCUGAAGAUGAAUUUUUAAUUCGGAACUGGUCAUAUAAUACACUUAUGAUAAUGCUUCAGGCGACGCAUUGAUUCAGUUAUUUAUUUUAAUUUUAUAUUUAUACAUUUUUUAUUUAUGUAUUUAUUUACUAUAUUUACUUCAUUUAAUAAAUAAUAAUAAUAAUCUUUAUUUGUUAAUAACAACAGUAUGUUCAUUAUUUUUUUCAAGGACAAAAUAAACAUAAUAAACAUGCUUGUGAUAGGGGAUAGUGAGUUCAAAUUUAUAAUAAUAUAUACAUAGAUUUAAAACUGUGGCAAAAUGUAUAUAUACAUUUAUAAUUAAAUAAACAUUAACUAAUAUGUAGUAAACUAAACCAGUAAAAGAAAACAGAAAAGAAAGAAAACAAACAAAAAUAUUAAAAAUUAUCAUAUGGACAUAUUACUAGGAUCUAAGGAUAGUAUGUAAUAAUUAUUUGUUUUUAUUCAAGUAUUUAAGUUGACUAAACAUGAUAUUAUAUUUCCUGCAUACAGCAGUUCCAACGUGAACAAAACUUUUUUGUACUCUGGGCUCUACCCGUAUUAAUAAUAAUAAAUAAAUAAAUAAAUAAAUAAAUAAAUAAAUAAUUGGACAGUUGAAUAAAAUCAAUCUUUAUUAAAUAUAAUUUUAUUAUUUACCACAACUUCUAAUUUAUGCAAAUUAUUUUUGUUAGUUCCACCCCAUACAACAAUUGCAUAUGAAAGGAUGGAUUGUGCUAACGAAAAUAACACCAUUUUAAGAUUGUUAAUGUUUAAAAUAUAUUUCAAUGAUUUAAAUUUAAAAAGCAAAUGUCUAAUAAGUAAGGAAAUGUAAUCUAAAUGAUUGGUCCAUUUCAAAUGUUCAUCAAUAAAAAUGCCUAAAUAUUUUAUACUAGCUGUUUUUUGUAUAAUCACACAACUGUUAUGGUUAGUGGGGUCAUAACAUUUACUCAAAUGGAUCAUGCUUUUCUCAUCAAUAUUUGAAGUUUGAUUAAGUUCAUUCCAAUUUAAUUAAUCAUAUGUUUCAGAAUUUAUCUGACUAUGAAUAUUAUUACAUUUUCAAAGAAAUCAUUAAAAACUUCAGCAAAUAUUGAUUAUUCAGUAAUUAAAGUACCAUUAUUGUUAUAAACACUAUUUAUUAAUAAUUUGAUUUUUAGGCUUAUUUGCAUGAAUUGCUUCAUUAAUAAAUUUCCAUGUUUUUUAGUGUCACCAUGUAAAUUUUUAAUUUUAUUAUUGUAGAAUAUAUUUCUUGUUUGUUCUAUCAAUAAUUCCAACAAGUUUUUGUACCUAUUGCAAAAUGAAAUAAAAUCAUGAUCAAAAGAACACUUCUUUUUAAUUAGAUGAAGUUUCUCUAUAUGCCUAAUUGACACUAUAAGACCAUUUGUAAUCCAAUUUUUUAAUCUUUUUAAUUUAGAAUUUUUAUUAAUAUGUUUAGUUAGUGUUUGUAGAACAUUUAAUAAUUUUCUUCAUAUAACUACUAAACAAGCUAACUGCACUGUCUACAGAAAUUAACCUCAAAUAUCAAUCUAACAUGUACUAAUUGACAUAUUAAGAUGUUCAAAAUUUACACGUCUUAUCACAAGGUUUGUUUUGUGAAUUAGGUAUAUCAUAAUCUUUUUCAAAGUUAGAAAUUGUUAUAAUAGGAGCAAAAUAAUCAGUAAUACUAAAGUUUACAACAUAUGAAUUAAUUAAACAAACAUCGACAACUUUCAGAAACAAAUGAUCAAUACAUGAAUUUGAUUUAUUAUGUACUUUAGUAGAUAUAUUAAUACAUGUAUAAAAGCCAAAUUCAUUCAAAUAAUUUAAGUGGUUAGAUACAGAUAAGUUGCUAGAAAAAUUUCAAUAUUUAAGUCACUUCCGAUAAUAUGACAAUAAUUAUUUGAAAUUACAUUUAGAUAUUCAUACAAACUAUUUAAAAAUAAAACUCACUUUAUUAGGAGAUCUGUACACACCAGUUACAAUAUAAUUUAUUGAAUUAAAAGUGAAAGAUAUUUCAAGUGAGUUGCAACUAUCAAUUACAGAAGUAUUUACAUUUAGUAUCUUAUAUUUUGUUAUUUCAACUGUUUAAUUUAUGUGUUCUGUUAACAGCAUAUUUAAUCAUAUUAAAAUACCAAGUAUGUUAAACAUCGGCUGUGAUUACUCUGUGUUUAAAUCGGAUAUAAAACCUGUGUGGGAAGAUGAAACAAAUAAAAAGGGUGGACGGUGGUUGAUUAAAGAUAAUGGAUUUUUGGAUCAGUACUGGAUGGAUAUUGUAACUUUUUUUUUUGCAUCAUAAUGUUCAACAAAAUAAUAAAACUUUAAUAUUUUUAGUUACUGAGUAUGAUUGGUGGAAUGUAUGAACCAUACAACAAUAAUAUAUGUGGUAUUGUUUAUAACAGGCGCCAAUUUAACAAAUUAUCUCUUUGGAUUUCUACAUGCGAUACAAAUAUUGUUAAUGACAUUGGGUAAAUGUUAUGUUUGAUGUUUGUACAUGUUACCAGUGGCGGUUAACCAGGGAAUGUAAGGGGGACAUAUUCACUCUAUUAAGUCAUUUUUCUUAAAUAUUUAUAACCUUAUACAAAUAGAUUUUUUAAGCAUGCUCAGUACUCACCCUAUUUUUAUGGUUAAACUAUGCAUAAAUUUAAAUUCUGAAUAUUUGGAAUUUUUAAGCGCAGUAAAAGACAAUAUUUUUGAACACUUAGAUUUUUCACAUUUAAUGAGUAUCUUGUGACAAUACUAAGUUAUUCUACUUUAAAUACUAAAGAAUAAUAACUACACAAUUCAAAACAAGAAAUUAUCUGUACAUAGUUGGUACCCAAUCCCCGUAAGACUGUCCUUAGUAUUUAAAUCAGAAUAACUCGGAAAUAUUUUUCAUUCAAAUUUUGUUAGUAAUUUUUCAAAAUUUAGAAAAAAAUCAUUAAUUUUUAUAAAAAUAUGUAGGUUCUUAUUUGAAAAAUCAAUGUUGUUAUAACCACAGAAUACUCCUUAAGAUAACUCCAUAACAUAUUGUGAAAAAUCCAAAUGUGUAAAAAUAUCUUCACCCAUACAAAUGGGGUGAAUUGAGAGUAUGGUUAAAAAAUAAUUUUGUCUAUUAUAGUAUAUUUUUAAAAGUAUAAAAAAAAAGAGUGUAAAUAGUAAUUAUCCUUAUCCCCCUCCCCCAUGACAAAUCAUUUGACCACCACUGUAUAUUAAAGUAAAAGUAAGAAUUCUGAUGAAACUUAUUAAUAUUUUCUAACUGCUUAGAUUAAUGUAUGAUUUUGGACAUUUAUUGAUUAAUUUUACUAAAACCUAUUAUACAAUGGUUUGAUCAUACCUCUGAUUUUUGUUGUUUAGACUUACAAACAGUAAAUUUGGUAAAUUUUAGAAUAAAUAACUAGUGCUGGUAAAAAUUUUAAUUUUUGAUUUUAUUAUCAUACAAUUUUACUACUCCUUGUUUUUUUAUUUAAAAAAUAAAUAUUGAAAUUUCAGACUUACCAACACUAUAUGUUUACCUUGAAAUUUACUAAACAUCAUUUUUAAAAAUCUGAACAACAAAAAUCAUUAAUGGUUUGAUGAACUAUUUUGUAUAGUAGGUUUUACCAAAAUCAAUUGGUAAAUCUUAGGUUUCAUUAGUAUUCUUACUUUUACAAUAACAUAUAUAUAUAUACAUAUUUUUUAUUUUGAUAUUUUGUUUAUCAUUGAUUUUUAUAGGUUAAAACUCAAGAAUUGUAUCAAUACAAAAGACAAAAUAAUUUUUGAAAAGCAUUGGGAAAUUUCUAAAAAAAAAAAAAAUAUUUUACACAAAAGAACUACUUCUUUAAGUUAAAUGACACUUUACAAUAUCAUGGAUUUCUUUUUUCACUCUAAACAAUUAAACUACUUUUACAUUUUAAUUUAAUAUAAAUAAGUUUUAUGGAAGUUAUUAGUUUUUAGUUCAUAAUAUUAAUUUCAUACAAAAUGUACUAUAUUUUUAUUUUCAAUAAUAAGUUAAUUCUAUUAAAAAUAACUGUAAAAAUAAUUAUCAUUGC